UAACGAGAUUACAAUGUUCUCUUAUCACCGCACUCAAAAAUUAAUACAAAUUUCGCGAUUUGUGCAUAGUUUUCCUUGUAAAUCAAAACCGGAGUUUCUGUGUUCGGCGUCGUUUGUCGCCAGGUUUAACGCUGAUUGUAAGCAAAGAAAUAAUGAACCAUUGUUUCCAGUUGCCAGUUUCAUCGGCGUCAACCACCGGCGAAACUAUUCCGAUAUUAGUAAAAAUGACACCCCUCCUAAAAAACCGCGCAGCCUUCCGCAGCUGAUGGACUUCCCGGAGCUGAUAUGGCCAUCAGUGGUAAAGUCAGUAAAGAACUGGAUCAUGGUUCACUUCAUUAUCAGACCGUACUUCGACCGAGAGUUUAAUCUUCCGGACUUCAUUCGAGGGGCCAAGCAGGCCUUACAGAUAGUUUCAGCAUCCUUGGCCGGCGGAGAGCUUAAAAAUCUUGAAGGGUUGGUUGACCGAAUGGUGUUAAAUGAUUUGAAAAGUUCAAUUGGAAAAAUGUCCGUUGCACAGCGUUACGAUCUGAUGAUAAACAAAGAGGACAUUUACUUCUCUUUUCCUUACCAGGUUGGUGUAAUGUUUGAUGAAGAGGACGAAGAAAGUCAGAAGCGAUUUGUUGAAAUCACCAUGGUAUUCCACGUGCUCAAAGGUUUGAAAGGGAUGGUCGAGCGAGGUGAACCUAUUCCACUGAAUAUUGGAGUGAUGCCCGAAUACCGAGACAAAAUUAGUAUCUGCAACUAUCGGUUUAUCAAAGAGUUUACGAAAGGUGUCGAGUCAGACUGGACGAUCAACGUGGUAAAUCACUUCAAGCCAAGCGAUUUUGUGGAUGAAUAACGGUUCACCGCUAAAGAAUGAUAUGAACAGAUGUUCAUCGGUAGUGUGUGCUAUCUUGUGUGUUAUGAGGAUAAAAAAUUGAAAUCUUUAUGAGCUGGUGUAUUCAAUUAAUUUGUGCACUACGUUAUUAAUAUUUGUUUAUUGUUUGUCAGGUAUGACUAGGUACUAUUUUUGACAGGCGUCUAUCAUUACUGUGAUUUUUUGUGUUUUAUAACCUACAAGACCAAUUUAUCGACAAA